AAAAUAUAUUGAUGAGACUUUGACUAUAUAUUUAACGACAAAAUUGUUAUUCUUAUUGUUGUUAAGAUGGGUUUAUCCUCCUUCUUACGCCCUCUCAUUGUCUUCCUUAUCUUCAUAAUCUCAGUGUUGGCCAUUCAGAUCACUCCUGUUUCUGCAGAUAUUGAGCAUGUUGGGGUUAAUGAAAAUGCAGAAUUGAAGGUGAGCACACAGCCACAAGGUGAUAAACGCAUGCCAAAUCCACCACCAACUCCGGCUCGAAACAUGCUUAAUCGUAUUCAUCUAUUGCUCAUAAUUACAAUACCAAAUGGUCAUUUACUACUCUAUGUAUGGCAUUUAAGUUUGCAAUUAGAGUAUGGUCUUUUUCAUUAUCUUGUGCAAAGGGGGAUGAUGAUACGUCUAUCGUUUACAUGUUGAUUGUUGUUCGAGUAUUGUGCUAAUUUAUGAGAUGGAUGAUUAUUUCAUUUUAUGUAACGAUUGAAAAUGAGUUUUUUUAAAAGAAAAUAUAGAUUCAUGAAAAAGAAAAAAGAAUAAAAUUCAAGUUAUCAUGUUUACUCUA